UUAGAUAUUAAUAGUUGCAAUUGAAUGUAAGACUAACCUCUUUGUUUCUUAUAGAUGAAUACUCAAUGACGUUGUUAAAUAAUUUCAAAUUUUUUUUUGUUUAUAAUAAUUCAUCAAAUAUACUUAAACUAAUUGAAUAAAAUCAAAUACGGUAACGUGUAAUCAGAAAAGAAUACGAAUUGCAUGAUAGAACAAAGGUGAAACGUAUAAAUAAAAAUGUCAUUAAACAUUCAAGAAAUAUGAAUCGUAAUUUUGUGAAAGUUGAAAAAUAUUAUUUAAACGAUAUAUUCAAUGAAUAUGUAUUUAAUAUUGUAUCAUUUCAAAUUUUAUGAUACGAAUGAAGCUGAAUUGAUAAAAAAAAAAUGCAAACAAAAUUAGAAAUGUUUUUUUGUACAAUGAAAUUGUUUGAUUAAAAAUUGUUUUUUUACAUAUUCAUUUUUAAAUUUGUUUCUGAAUUGUUUUUUCUUUCUUUAUUCAUUUAUAUUAACAAUCAUGUCAAAACCUGAUAUGCCAAAACUUGUAACUGCACUUUUUUCCUUUAAAGGAAAAAAUAAUGAUGAAUUAUGUUUUAAAAAAGGAGAUGUAAUAACAAUAACACAAACAGAUGAAGAAGGCUGGUGGGAAGGCACAUUGCAUGACAAAACUGGCUGGUUUCCAUCUAAUUAUGUCAAAGAAUGUAGAGUUUCAGAAAAUAAUAUUUCAACUAUGAAGACUUCUCCUGAAAAAAUUCUGCAAGAAUCCCCUGUGCAUCAAAAAUUAAAUCGAGAUAUUGUAUUAAAGGAUUUAAUAGAUUCUGAAAGAGUGAAUGUAGCAGAAUUGCAGGGUUUAAUAAAUAAUUUUUUACAUCCCUUAGAAUCUGCUAAUAUAUUAGAAAAAGAAGAAUAUAAACAACUUUUAGGUAAUAUACAUGAAGUUCUUGAAAUACAUCAACGACUAUUAUCUAAUUUGGAAACAACUGUGACACAAGAUUGUGCUUUGAGAGUUGGAAAUCUAUUUCUAACAUUAGCACCAAAAUUAAAAUCUAUUCAUCUAACAUAUUGCGGAAAUCAUCCACAGGCUGUAUGUAUUUUAGAUCAAUAUAGAGAUGAAUUGAAUGAUUUCAUGGAACAUAAUGGAGCAAUAUCACCGGGUAUAUUAGUAUUAACAACUAGUUUAAGUAAACCUUUUCGAAGAUUGGAUAAAUAUUCUGCUAUGCUUCAAGAAUUGGAAAGGUAUACAGAAAAAAAUCAUCCUGAUAGAGGUGACACUCAACGCAGUAUAGUUGUAUAUAGAGAAAUAGCUGAUCAGUGUAUAUCUAUACGAAAACAACGUGAAUUAGCACUCCAAAUUUUAACUAGUGGUAUUAAAGGAUGGGAGGGAGAAGAAUUAAAUUCUCUUGGAGAAAUUCUUUAUGUUGGCUCAGUCACUUUGGCAAAUGGAACUACAAGUCUAGAUCGUCGAGAUAGAUAUUUUGUUCUUUUUCCAACAACUCUUUUAGUUCUCAGUAUCAGUCCAAGAAUGAGUUCUUUUGUUUAUGAAGGAAAACUUCCAUUAACGGGUAUUACCAUUAUUCAAAUAGAAGAUACAGAUGAAAUAAGAAAUACUUUUGAAAUUACAGGACCAAUGAUUGAAAAUAUAUUCGUAUUUUGCGCUACUAAAGAAGAUCAACAGCGUUGGAUUAAACUUUUAAUACAAGAACAAACAACAAAUAGUAGUCUUAUAAAAUCAUCAAUGACAUCACGCGUGAGUUACAAUUUACCUCCAUAUGUUCGUCUUUCAAGAUAUUUUGCAAAAUUAGUCAAGAAAAAAAUUAUACGUCUUGAAAUUCUGAAAAAAUUGCUUUAUUUGCAAUAUAUUCUGAAACCAGAUAUGAGUAACGUAAAAAUGCGAAAAACUAAUAUAACGACAUAUAUUCUUCAUCCAAUGCAAACAAAGAGUCAAGAUUACUGUUCUCAAAAUUCAGAGAACAUGACUUCAAAUAAUAUUAAAACAAAACAUUCACCUGUUGAAACGACACAAACAAUGUUGCGUAAGUCUACUCUAAUACUUGAAGUGAAAUAUGCAUUAGAAGAUAUUGAUCUUAGUACUAUAGGAUUAGCACAUGAUUCAUGUUUAACAGAAUUUGCAUCAGCACAAAAUGGCACAUGCGAAAUUAGCAAAAGUUUACCAUUUAUUGGCAUUGAAAGUUCAAUUAAUAAUUUUAUGAAUAAUAAUAAUGUAAAUAAUAAUUUUGUUGAUGGACAAUCUCUUUACCGAUCACGUUUCACUAAUCUUAUUCAUUCAUAUCCAAUUGGUUCUAACUUCCAUCAAGAUAUAUUUAAUGAAAUGGAAAAGUGCAUAGAUUCAAUAAAGUGUUGGAAAGAAAAAGGAUUCAUUGAUGAACAGAAUAAAAAUUCUGUAUAUCAUCCAUCUGUUUUUAUGUGUAAUUCAAACAUCAAUAAACAUUGUUGUCAAUUUCAAACAUAUAUACCAAAAAAAAUAUAUCAAACAUCUGAUUUUCAAGCGAAUGUAAUUAGUGUUGGAUCGUUAGAUUCAGGAAUGGUUGAGAGUUAUCGCUUGAAUUCAUCUGAAAUUAAUUCUUCUUGUAAAUUAUGCACAUAUAACGUUGAACAUCCUAUAAGAAUUUAUUCUAGUGAAAGUGAAAAUGAUGAAAGUAAAUUUGAAUAUCAAUGUAUUUGUACAUCACCUUUUGGUUCUACUCCCAGGAAUAGCGUUCAUUUAUGCAAUUUAUCGAAGCAUAUUGAAAAUGGUCAGGAUCUUUCAAUGUGCAAAACUAAUAUGAAAGAUCACAAUUCUAAGCAUAUUCUUGCUACUAAUGAAAUACAAACACAAAUAAAUACAAUUUAUGUACCUUUGAAUAAAUAUGAGCAUAAAGUGCAAAAAAGAUUUACGCAACCUAUACCGUACAUACAUCAAACUAUAGUACGAAAAGUUGGAAGAAGAGUAAUUCAGCCAAGUCAUCCCAUUAUUAAAAAUAAUUACAACGGAACGAAUCAAAUAUAUAAAUCAGGACUAUAUGCCCAUUGGUGGUUGAAGAAAUUUAUACCAUUGUCUGGAUGCUCGGAUCAAGAUUUGCAGCCAAAAUGGGAAACAGCAAAUACAAACACAACAGCAGCAGCAACAGCAACAACAACAACAACAACAGCAACAACAUCGCAGAUCAAUCCUGGAACAUUGUUCCACCUUAGGAAUUAGAACACCUUGGAAUAUUGCUUCAUUACGACCAGCACCUCCUUUCUAUACUUUUAAAAUAUUUAAUAAAACUGACAUCAGUUUGGAUUUAUCUUCAUCACGCUUAUGUA